GAUUGUGUCCGCGCAACAAAAAACGAACAGAGAAAACAUUAUUUAACGCGACGAAAAAAGAAGGAGUGGAGGUGCGAAGGUACCGAACUAGUGCUACGGACACUUCGGAAUCCAGCUACUCCCGGGAAUAGUAAAAAUAGUUUGCGUCUUCUGACCUCUCCAUCGGAAUCUCGAUACGCGCGAAACACAAAAUGGCUCGCUCGGGUAGCCCCGGAGGGUACUCGAACUACGAGGACGAUUCAUUGUUUCAGAGUGCGGCCUUUACGCACGAUAUCAGCGAGCAGAUGCGCGUACCGAAGCGGAUCCGGGCCACCGGAGACUACUUUGACGAUCGCGACGUACUUCCGAACGGGAACGGAGAGAUCAAUUCCUGGAACUAUCACAACAAAAUCGAUAUGACCGUUCCGGAUCGUAUCGUGGUGUUGGGGCAGGAUCAGCAUUUGGUUCUCACGUCAGGCACCAAAUCAGCUCCGCGCGAAAUAAUGCUGGAAAACUCGAUUCUACCGAAGGAUCCGGGCUUCGUGCGCGUGUCCACUCCGCCGCGCGUCAUUACGCUCAACGAGCACCAUUUUCCCUCCGCCUCGGAUGAGCCCGAAGAGAAUGCCAAAGAUAACCUACAGGAGGACGACUAUGGACCGGGCUCGCUGGAGUCGGUCGAGGAUCCGAACAAUAGUAGCGUUUUCUAUUCCAGAGCAACCGCCUCGCACCCGCGCGGAGAGCACUCGACGAAGCGGUCCGCAUUUUCCAAGUACAACAAUGAGCUCACCCUGACUAGAAGCAUGCGCGAAGAAACACCCACUUUCGGGGGCAGCGUUGAGAAUUUGACACCUUCCGAGGAAUUGGCACAGCUUAGGCGCCAGGUAACGAGAAUCAACCGUCGGCUCCUGACCAUGGAGUUGGAUAUGGUGCAACGGAAGCAGCAAGAAAAGAUCAUCUACUGUGUAGGCAUGGCUUACCUACUGUUCAGGACGUUCAUGUGGCUGAGUCGGAAAUAGAUAUCGACGUGGUGCCCGCCCCGCUGUAACUUGACUCGCAGCACCGGGGUUGUGUGCUGAUAAGCGAAAGGGCUAAAGUUGGUCCUAAAAACGGAAGAUGUGAGCAUGAUGAGCGCGUGCUUUAAUGCCCAACGACAAACUCAAAUGGCCAUCGAGAAGGGUGCGGGUAGUGGCGAGAAUAGAAUGAGAAACGGAAUUAGUCCGUGAUGGCACAAACAAGCGCUCCGGGGUUACUGAAUGAGUUACGGGGUUUCCAAAAGGCAAGACAUUAUUGGUUACAGCAAGAACCGGAAUUCGUGUGAUGGUGCAGGCUUCUUGGGGAGGGCGUAAAUUGUACGAGCGAAAACCCGAGGGAACGGUUUUCAUUUUUCGUAAUCGGCAGAGGAUACAAAAACGAAAGUAUUUUUUUUUCAUACUAAACAAACGAGUGCUAGAAAAAUAGAUUUCCCAAAUGUUUUUUUGUUUUCUACUACCGUUGGCAGUUAGAAUUAGAGAAAGUAGCAUUCUUACACAUUUUUUACUACCUUUUCACCGAUGGCCGGAGAGAACUGCAUACAGGUUUGCUGGUGACGAUAUUCCCAUAUUCUUUUUAAGUUAUUCUACGAGUGAUAAGAUAAAGGAAUCCCUUGAUCAGGCAUUACAAAUUUGCGGAAAAAUAUAAAUAUCGUUACGAAUAAAGACCUCGCCGCUGUG